CUAAUUAAACGAUAAGCGAUCAUGGCAACGCCCACCUGUGAUAAGAAAGCGAGAGUGAUCGUUUUAGGAGGGUGCGGUUUCAUCGGCCGCAAUCUCGUGGGGUAUCUGCUGGAUAACGAUCUGGUAUCCUACGUGCGAGUCGUGGACAAAGUACCACCGCAGACUGCAUGGCUCAAUGCGAAUCACCAGCGGGUGUUCGAACAUCCUUUGCUCGAAUUCAAGAGCGCUAACUUGAUUAACAUAGUGUCCUGCCAAAACGCGUUUUCCUGUAACGAGCCUAUCGAUUAUGUGUUCAAUUGUGCUGGAGAGACAAAGAGUGGUCUCACAGAUCCGGUGUAUAAAGAAGGUAUCUACAAAUUGAGUCUGAACUGCGCCCAGCAAGCAGCAAAGAUUAGAGCCUUGCAUUACGUGGAGAUAUCUUCCGGCAAUCUUAACGCUUCAGAAAAGACUCCUCACAAAGAAGAUGACGCCGGAGAACCAUGGACAUUUGUCGCAAAAUACAAGUUACAAGUGGAACACGAAUUCAAGAACAUACCAGACUUGAAAUAUACCAUACUUAGACCGGCUAUUGUAUAUGGUUGUGGUGACAGAAAUGGCCUAGCACCAAGACUGGUAGUGGGUGCAGUUUAUAAGCAUUUAGGAGAGAUGAUGAAAUUACUCUGGGGACCGUAUCUUCAUAUGAAUACGGUUCAUGUGAGGGAUGUUGUCAGAGCUAUGUGGCACGUAGCUAACAGACCAGAAACAAUAGGCCAGACAUAUAAUCUCGUGGAUGAAGGAGAUUCUACUCAGGGUUCUAUCAGUGCUAUAGUCUCGGAAUUGUUUAAUAUUAAUCACGAUUACUGGGGCACUGCGCUAUCUACACUGGCUAAAACUGAUAUGAGCUCUGUUGUCGAGGAGGUAAAUGACAAACACAUGGCCCCUUGGGCAGAAGCAUGUCGCAAAGAUGGAGUGGAGAAUAGUCCUCUGUCCCCAUAUAUAGAUCAAGAACUUCUAUAUAAUAAGCACUUGUAUUUACAGCCCGGAAAAUUAUCGAACACUACGGGAUUUAUGUACUUGUACCCUAAAUUAACAAAAGAUGCUCUUACAGAGGUACUUAAUGAUUAUGUAAGCAUGAGGAUUUUUCCAUAUUCCUUGGUUCUGUGAACUUAGCAAUACCGACUGCCGAAUUUGAAUAUCGAUUCUCUUUUACACGAAGAUGCUACAAAUACUGGAUACGGUACGACGCCGAGCGUCGUUUUCACCUUGUGCCUAGAAGGAUUCUAUAUUAGUUACAUAUAUUCUAUUAUACACGUUAUAUACAUCUUUACUUGACGUUUUACACGCCAGUAAAUAUCGCUGAAUGAGAUUUUAGAAAAAUGCAUAUAUAUGAAAUUUGGAUAUUUCGUAGACGGCCUAUUGCCAAUGUGAUAAAGUAGCAAUUAACGUACUUAAUUUUAACUUAGUUCUGCAAGUACAGAACAUUUUCGCACCUUAAAAAUGACUAGUCAAACAGUGACGUUUAAGAAUGAUUCGGAACAAAUUCUUGUACAUGAGGAUAAAUAUAUAUAUGUAUAAGAAUACUUAAACUUUAAGACGUUCAUGGUUUAUGAAUCAAUUUCAAUGAAUGUUUUAGAAGAUCAUUGAUCAAAAAGAAAUGCUUUUUAUAUACUAUUUUUUCAAGACUGGACUGCGUACCAAUAAAAUUGUUGAAAACC